AUUGGCGCAUCAGAAAUUCUCAUCAGAACAGAGCCGCCGCCGUUACAGUAAACGGCCAAAAAUUAACGGAAACGGCAGAAUGAAACGUUUCAAAAAUCCAGCUCUGCACUCACACUAACAAACAUACCCUUCUUCUUCUUCUUCUUCUUCUUCUUCUUCUUCUUCAAAGCUCUCACAUCUUCAGCUGCUCCAGAAACGUGAAACCAAAAUUUCCUUUUUAACUCUGUUUCUCAUCAUCAUCUCUCUCUUUCUGUGUAAUGGAGACGUCUCUCACUUUCCAUUCCUAGCGUUUCUGCUGGAGCUACUAGCAGAGAGCUUGAAAAUCUGAGUUGUGGAGAAAUUUCGGCGGACUUUUUCUGUUUGGAGCUGAUUUUUACAGCGAGAUCUGAUUGGUACGGUUUUUGAGCUAUGGAGGAAGAUAACGGCGCUCUGAUUCAGAGCUUGAUCGAUGUUGUGAACGAGAUUGCGUGGAUCUCGGAUUUUAGGCUUACUGUUAAGAAGCAGUAUUGCAAUUUGUCCAGGAGAUUGAAGCUUUUGAUCCCAAUGUUUGAAGAGAUUAGGGAUACCAAAGAGCCAGUGUCUGAGGAUACUCUCAAGGCUCUCGUGUCGUUGAAAGAAGCCCUCGAAUCGGCUAAGAAGUUGCUCAGAUUUGGAAGCCAGGGGAGCAAGAUUUUUCUGGCCGUUGAGAGGGAGCAAAUUAUGGUCAAAUUUCAUGAGGUAACGGCUCAGUUGGAACAAGCUUUGGAAGGAAUACCCUACGAUAAACUUGAUGUAUCCGAUGAAGUUAAGGAGCAGGUCGAGCUUGUUCUUGCUCAGUUCAGAAGAGCCAAAGGCAGGGCCGAUACCCCUGACUCUGAGCUGAUGGACGAUAUCCUUGCCCUUUACAACACAAGCAAUGAUUCUUCUGUGGAUCAGAAUCGCCUCAGGAGAUUAGCUGAAAAAUUACAAUUAAUUGGAAUAUCCGACCUUACACAAGAGUCCAUAGCUUUGCAUGAGAUGGUUACUGCUAGUGGAGGUGAUCCAGGUGAUCCAGUUGAGAGCAUUGGGACGAUGUCAGGGCUGCUGAAGAAAAUAAAAGAUUUUGUACAAACGGAGAACCUUGAAACGGAUACUCCUGGCAGAGACAAGAGUCCUCCUGCUAGUUGUAGUGGACAAAUUUCAAAUGAGAAAAAUAAUGCGGCCCCAGUUAUACCCGAAGAUUUUCGCUGUCCCAUAUCCCUGGAGUUGAUGAGAGAUCCUGUUAUUGUCUCAACUGGACAGACCUAUGAACGUUCCUGCAUUGAGAAGUGGUUUGAAGCAGGGCACGGAACAUGUCCAAAGACACAACAGAAUCUUUCAAGCACUACUCUUACCCCCAAUUAUGUGUUGCGUAGCCUUAUAGCCCAGUGGUGCGAGGCUAAUGGUAUUGAACCACCAAAACGACCCAGCAGUGAUCAAUCAUGUAGAAGCUCAUCAUCUUGCUCGGCUGCUGAACGCACGAAGAUUGAUAUUCUGCUCUGCAAACUUGCAUCAGGAAAUCCUGAAGACCAACGAUCUGCAGCUGGUGAGAUCCGACUUCUUGCGAAGCGGAAUGCAGAUAAUCGUGUUGCAAUUGCUGAGGCUGGUGCAAUACCUCUUCUUGUUGGCCUUCUUUCAACUCCAGAUUCUCGUGUUCAAGAGCAUGCUGUGACAGCACUUCUUAACCUUUCUAUAUGUGAGGACAAUAAGGGAAGCAUCAUUUCCUCUGGGGCAGUUCCUGGUAUUGUGCUCGUGCUCAAGAAAGGGAGCAUGGAAGCCCGGGAGAAUGCUGCAGCCACUCUUUUCAGCCUUUCGGUUGUGGACGAGAAUAAAGUUCGAAUUGGUGCCUCUGGAGCUAUCCCGCCGCUUGUUACGCUGCUUAGCCAAGGCACUCAAAGAGGCAAGAAAGAUGCCGCAACUGCUCUUUUCAACUUGUGCAUCUACCAAGGAAACAAGGGAAAGGCAGUGAGAGCUGGUGUAGUUCCAACCUUGAUGCAGCUUCUCACCGAACCUGGAUCCGGAAUGGUGGACGAAGCCUUAGCCAUCUUGGCAAUACUCUCUAGCCAUCCCGAAGGGAAAGCAGUGAUCAGAUCUGCAAAGGCAGUGCCAGUUUUGGUAGAUGUUAUAGGGACAGGAUCCCCCAGGAACAGAGAGAAUGCAGCUGCAGUUCUCGUGCAUCUCUGCUCUGGAGAUGAACAACACCUAUUAGAGGCCAGGGAGCUUGGAGUGAUGAGUUCAUUGAUAGAUUUGGCACAAAAUGGCACGGAUAGAGGCAAGCGAAAAGCUGCACAGUUGCUUGAACGAAUGAACCGACUCUUAGAGCACACGGAGGAGACUCGGGUGCAAGCACCAGAGUCUCAACCUCAAAACCAGCCAUCCCUAUCGAGCACUACGACGGAAGUCGCUGGUAGCUGAGAGAGGACUUCGUUUCUUUUGUUCCUUUUUACAUGUAAUCAAAGAGGCAGCUUUGCUUCACAAUGAGGAGGUGGAAGAUCACCUACCUAAUCUGUAAGUUACCAUAAUUCAUAAUUUAUUGUGUGUGUCGGGUUGGAAGACCAUA